AUGGCGGCCUCCAGGCUUGGAAGUUUGCGUACACUUAAUUUUCUGCAACUGACACAGCCUGGUCCAAUCUGCACAAGGUGCUUCAACAAUGUCAUUCAAUCAAAUUCAAGACCUUCACAAUUAUGGAACAAUCCAUUCCGAAAAUUCCACCAGAAAUCAAGACAAGGGGCCCACUUGAGAGUCAGGGAAAAUGACACUGUUACAUUUCGCUAUAUAAUCAAACCACUUGGCUUUUCUGUGCUUUUCAGUGGAAGUUGUUUCCUUGGAGGAAUGGUUUGGCAGUAUGAACUCAUGCGGUUGAAGGCACAAAAAAUUAUAAAUAAUUGGAUUUCAGCUGAUGGGCACGACAUAUUUCAUCCAAAAUCCUACGCAUUUCGAUCACAUUUGAACAUGUGGUGGAAUAGCAUGAGUGAUGGGCAGAAGUAUGUACUGGGAAUAAUUGGAGCUAAUGCCCUUGUCUUCAUAAUGUGGCGGAUCCCAUCUUUGCAGGCCAACAUGAUGAAAUACUUCUGUAGCAAUCCAAAUUCAGGAGCUCCUUGUUGGUCUAUGUUUCUAUCUGCCUUCAGCCAAUACAGUUUCAUCCACAUGUUUACUAACAUGUAUGUCUUGUGGUCCUUUUCAAAUGUGGCACUAAACCUGUUUGGCAAAGAGCAGUUCAUGGCCUUCUACUUCAGUGCUGGUAAUUUUUUUUUCUUUUCUUUUUUUUUUCUAUUUUCUUUCUUUUUCUUUUUCUUUUUUCUUUUUUCUUUCUUUCUUGCUUUCUUUUCUUUCUUUCUUGCUUUCUUUCUUUUUUUUCUUUCUUUCUUGCUUUCUUUUCUUUCUUUCUUGCUUUCUUUUUUUCUUUCUUUCUUGCUUUUUUUUCUUUCUUUCUUGCUUUCUUUUUUCUUUCUUUCUUGCUUUCUUUCUUUCUUUUUUUCUUUCUUUUUCUUUUUCUUUCUUUCUUUCUUUUUCUUUCUUUUCUUUUUCUUUCUUUUCUUUCUUUCUUUUUUUUUUUUUCUUUCUUUUUUUCUUUCUUUCUUUUUUCUUUCUUUCUUUCUUUCUUUUUCUUUUCUUUCUUUUUCUUUUCUUUCUUUUCUUUCUUGCUUUCUUUUCUUUCUUUCUUUCUUUCUUUUCUUUUUUCUUUCUUUUUCUUUCUUUCUUUUUCUUUCUUUCUUUUUCUUUCUUUCUUUCUUGCUUUCUUUCUUUCUUUUUCUUUCAUCUUUCUUUCUUUUCUUUCUUUCUUUCUUUCUUUUCUUUCUUUCAGACUUUCUUUCUUUCUUUUUUUUCUUUUUCUUUUUCUUUUUUCUUUUCUUUCUUUUCUUUCUUUCUUUUCUUUUUGCUUUCUUUUUCUUUCUUUCUUUCUUUCUUUUUUCUUUCUUUCUUUCUUGCUUUCUCUUUUUUCUUUCUUUCUUUCUUGCUUUCUUUUUUUUCUUUCUUUUUUUUUCUUUCUUUUUCUUUCUUUUCCUUUUCUUGCUUUCUUUUCUUUCUUUCUUGCUUUCUUUCUUCCUUUUCUUUUUCUUUCUUUUCUUUUCUUUCUUUCUUUUUUUCUUUUUUUUCUUUUCUUGCUUUUUCUUUUUUCUUUCUUGCUUUCUUUCUUUUUGCUUUCUUUCUUUUUCUUUCUUUUCUUCUUUCUUUCUUUUUCUUUUUCUUUUCUUUUUCUUUCUUUCUUUUUCUUUGCUUUCUUUUCUUUCUUUCUUUUUUUUUUUCUUUUCUUUUCUUUCUUUUUUCUUUCUUUCAUUUUUUACACACCUGGCCCACUAUUCUUUGAAGAUAGCUCGACAGCGUUUUAUACCCUCUGUGGGUGCCUCUGGUGCUAUAAUGGCUGUUUUGGGUGCUGUCUGCCUGAAUUACCCAAAUGCUAGAUUAUCUAUAGCAUUCAUUGGAGAUAUUAUACCACAUUCUUUCUCUGCAGAUAGUGUUUUAAAAGUAAUUAUUGCAACAGAUAUUAUUGGUAUAUUGGCUGGCUGGAAAUUCUUUGACCAUGCUGCACAUUUAGGUGGAAUGAUGUUUGGACUUUGGUAUGCAACAUAUGGAAAGAAAUUAAUAUGGGAAAACCGAGCAACUGUGCAGAAAUGGUGGCAUGAAGUGAGAGGAGAUCCAUAA